AUGGCGGAGAAUAGACUGCUUUGGGUAGAGGUUAUUGAAACCGUUCAUCCGUUUAAGAACAAAAUCCUCGAUUCUGGUCUGACUCUUGGCCAGCUCGAGUCACUAAAACAUCGUUUGGAGAUGUUGGAGAGCUUUAUGCCCCAGCCGCAGGUUACCAAAGCGACAUACAAAAGAGCGCAGACCCCACCGAAGCAAGGAUUGCUUUGGGAGCCGAAGGCCAGACAGUUGACAAUUCUCGAUCUCUCAUCUCCGCGCAUAUCUCCUGGUACGGCGUGGUCACGUUUCAACAUCACGCUCGCCAUCUUCAUGGAGCAAGAGAGCGACAUCGGGCGGGUCCUUGCACUUGAUGAAGCACACAAGUACAUGAGGACCUCUUCUGAAGCACAGGCUUUUGCAGAAACGCUUCUCUCUGUCGUCUGCCCCCAGCGUCACCUCGCGGCCAGAAUUAUCAUCUCAACCCAGGACCCUACGAAGCAUCUGGCGGGUGCGGCUACUAAUCCUUUCGCUCGGAAGAAGGGUAAGGCUGGAGGUAGAGGUACUGAUGGCGAAGAAGGGCAGCUCGACGAAGCAAACGAGAAGUCCUUGUUUGACCACAUCUAUAAUCUUCGUGUGGGCAAAGCCUUGCUGUUUUCUUCGAGCUCCAUUGUAGACGUUGCGAUUGAUGAAGAAGGCGGCUACGAACUUCGCAGGCUGGGGUCAGAAUAUCUCGCCUUUAGGGUCCGGCAGAGAAUCACCAAAGAUGGGGUUAAAGGUUUGCUCGCGGUUUGA